GCGGUGCCUGCGAGCUCUGGCCCCUCCCCCGGCCGCCAUUGCCAGGCCUGCCGGUUCCUCUGCGCAGCUUCUUCUCUUCCCUGGGUAGAGCCGGGCACCGGCCCAACGGGGCAUUCCCUGACCGGGCCCACAUCUUCCCACGGCCAGAGCGCACUGUCCCCAAACAGUGCACCUGCCGGCGGUCCCAACCCAGCGGGAGAAGUGGACAUGAGGUUGGCAGGCCCGCUUCGCGUCGUGGCCCUAGUUGUCACUGUGGGUCUUACCUGGAUCAUAGUCAGCAUCCUCCUGGGUGGGCCUGGCAGCGGAUUUCCUCGUAUCCAGCAACUCUUCAACAGCCCAGAAAGCUCUGUGACUGCAGAACCACGGGCCAGGAAGUACAAGUGUGGCCUGCCCCAGCCAUGUCCUGAGGAGCACCUAGCCUUCCGCAUGGUCAGUGGGGCUGCCAACGUCAUCGGACCCAAGAUCUGCCUCGAGGACAAGAUGCUCAUGAGCAGUGUCAAAGACAACGUGGGCCGUGGGCUGAACAUUGCCCUGGUGAAUGGGGUCAGCGGUGAGCUCAUUGAGGCCCGUGCCUUCGACAUGUGGGCUGGAGAUGUCAAUGAUCUGUUGAAGUUCAUUCGGCCACUACAUGAAGGUACCUUGGUGUUUGUGGCAUCCUACGACGACCCAGCCACCAAGAUGAAUGAAGAGACCAGGAAGCUUUUCAGUGAGCUGGGCAGCAGGAAUGCCAAGGAGCUAGCUUUCCGCGACAGCUGGGUGUUUGUGGGGGCCAAGGGUGUGCAGAACAAGAGCCCCUUUGAGCAGCAUGUGAAGAACAGUAAGCACACCAACAAGUAUGAGGGCUGGCCUGAGGCACUGGAGAUGGAAGGCUGCAUCCCGCGGAGAAGUGUGGCCAGCUAGCACAGCCAAUCACCAGGACCAGGCCGAGGGAGUCUGCAUGGUGCCAACACAGAGUCGAGGUCUUGCCCCAUGCCCAGGCAGGAGGCUCCCCAGCCCCAACACAUCAGGGCUCUGAGGCAGUGACCCCAAGAUGAUGGGGACUGUGGAGCUGGCCCAUCAUACUUUGUCAUAGGAGCCCAGGUACCCCUCUCCUUUUCCUAAAGCUGGUCCCAGUCAGCCCCCACUUAGCCCUUUCUUCCACUCAUGUCAUCUCCUUCCCAAUUCCCAAGUGCCCCUGGCUGCAAAGGCUCUAAGUGCCCAUUCUUCUCACUGUAGUAGCUACUUGGCAGGUUGGGGCAUCUUCCAGAACCUCUCCCUUCCAGACCCACUCACUAUAUUGUGGUCCAAACUUGCUUACAGUGUGAUUGCUUUCAGUGAGCCAAACCUAGUAAGCACUUUCACACGCCUGCCUGCCUCUAACCUCACUCUCAGCAGGAGAGGGGCCCUUAGAGCAGACUGGCCUUGGGUAGUGAGGUAGCCAGAGCCUGGUCACAGCCCCUAAUGCAGUACAUGGCAGUAUGUGGUUUGUCAGAGGGCCCACCUUCUAGAUGACCUCUUAAUAAAUUGAUGGCCCACAAUGGAAUGAAAUGCA